UCAACAAACUUUAAUCGGUGGUUGUCUUCUCAUUUCCCAGAAAGAAAAUAAGGUGAGAAAUGGAUGUUGAAGGAGUAAACAAGAAAUUGGUUGAUGAACUUGAGGAAAUGGGGUUUCCAUUGCCCCGAGCAAUGAGAGCACUUUAUUAUUCAGGUAACUCUAGUUUGGAGGAUGCUAUUAACUGGAUUGUUGAUCAUGAGGAUGACCCUGACAUUGAUCAAAUGCCCUCAGUUCCGUUAAAAAUCGAAAUUGAGGAUAGUGAGGUUUCUUUUGUAUCAGAACAAGUGAAGCUAACAGCACAAAAGCUAAGAGAAAAAUCAAGAAAAACGAACAAGGAAGAAGAUGUGAAAGCGGCGUCAAGUAGAGAGAAGGAAAGAAUUCGGGCAGGAAAAGAACUGCAAGAAGCAAAGAAAAUUGCAGAAGAAAACGAAAGAAAACGUUAUAUAGCCUUGCGGAAAGCAGAGAAAGAAGAAGAAAAUAGAGCACGAGAAAAAAUUCGACAAAAAUUACAACACGACAAGGCAGAAAGAAGGGGGAGGCUUGGAUUACCUCUGCAAAAUCAUGCAUCACUUACGACCAGCACGCCUACGGUUCAAGAAAAUAAGAAAAUGUUGCCUGGUAUGUCUACUGAGGUUCGUGUUAAUUCGACAACUAAGGUAGAUCUCAUGAGAGAAUGUUUAAGGUCGAUCAGGCGACACAAUAAGGAUGAUGGUUUCAAAGUGAAGAGAGCUUUUGAGACUCUUCUAAUUUAUGUCAGAAAUGUUGCAAGAGAUCCUGAUGAGGAUAAAUUCAGGAAGAUCCGAAUGAGUAAUCCCGCUUUUAAGGAAAGAGUGGGGAUAUAUGAACAAGGUGUAAGGUUUCUCGAGCUUUGCGGGUUUAAAAGAGUCGAAGAUGGCAAGUAUCUGGUUCUUCCGAGAGAGAUGUUUGACAUUGCGGUUUUUAAAUCAGCCGGGAACAUAUUGCAGUCUGCUAUAACAAAUCCCUUCUUUGGACUUCUAUCAACACAAGAUUGAAUAGUCAUGUAAAUUCAUACAUAUUUCUACAAUAACAACUUUCAUUGUUUUAUAUUUAAAGU